AUGGCAUCGACUUCAAUCACCAGCAAUGCGUUACGCACGAUCCAACCCUGCUUUCCCGCUGCCCUCCGCCGCUUCCCCGCACACGAGCGCGCAGUUCCGCAUGCGCGCAUCCGCCUCUCUCCGCCGCGCUGGGCCUUCCAAAAGAGAAAUCGAGGAUUUCCCGCCGGCCUUCGUCAGGUCGUGAGCGCGUCUGCGUGCAUCGCGGUCGGACGGGGUAAUGGCGUGAUGGCGGAGUCGACGGCAGUGAGGGAGCGGGAGCGGGAGGAGCGUCGUGCAGUGGACCGGUCAGAGCGACUGAUGGAGAGCCCGUACGCGCCCGUCGAGUCCGCCAUGACGCCAUGCCCAGUUACCACAGGAACCACUGCUCCGCUGACGGAGAUCCUCGGGCACUUUGAACAUUUCACGGGGCUGCCCGUGGUGGACGGCGAGGGGCACUGCGUGGGCAUCGUGUCGGACAUGGACGUGGCGAGAUGCCAGAAGGGGGCUCUCGCGAGGAGCGCGGCGGAAGUGACUGUGGGUGACGUCAUGAGUGCGCCAGCCAUUGUGAUAGUGCAACACGCCCCUGUGGCGUAUGCAGCAGGGCUCAUGCUCAAACACAAGGUGCACCGGCUGCCAGUGGUGGACGACCAUGGGGUGGUGGUGGGCAUUGUCACGCGCACUGACAUCUAUGAGCCCAUGCUGCCGCCCGUCAAUGCGCUGCUGCACCACGCCACUGGCUUCAACCCCAAUGACUUCCCCAAUUUCUAG